AUGUCGAGCAUAGCCGCAGCCAUGGGGCAGCUGCCGCGUUUUGAUGACCGUGCACCGGACCCUAAAGUGUGGAUUAGUCAGGCUACACGUGCCAUACGGUGUUUCCUAUCCGCCGUAACCGAGGAUCAGCAGUUGGAUUACCUCCUUAUGCACCUAACGGAAUCUGCUUACGUGUGGCAGAGAGUAAGGAGUUCACGACUGUGGCAGGCUUUGACACGACUGUGGCAGGCUUUCGACAAGGCGCGCUUUAUUUGCAACCGCGAAUGUCAUGCAGCGGCUGCGGGGAUGAAGCAGACGGGGGUGGAGUGGCGGAAUUGGCGGAUGAAGUUGCGGCCGGCCUACGUCCCCAACUACCCGGUGGCUAUGUCGGUGAGACAUUUCAUUGAGGGCCUGGGGGAUAAGAGCUUGAGGGAGAAAGUGUUGGGUGGGAGGCCGGUCUCCCUGGAGGCAGCCGAGGAAGCUGCUAAAUAUUUUGUGUCCUAUUCGCUACCUAUGGGGAUAGAGCCGGUGCCGGAAGCUGCUAAGGAAAAGGGCCUGGGGAAUAAGGAAUCCGAGGUGGAUAAGAUCACCAAGCAGCUGGAGAAGCUGAGCAUCCAGUUGGCCCAGAUGCAGCAGGGAAGGGGAGGCGGCUUACUCCCUAGGCCGGCAGGAGGCGGAUUUAAAUGCUACCAAUGUGGGCAGGAGGGACAUAUGGCUCGGGACUGCACCCAGAAGGGACGGACGGCGCUGAACGUCAUGCAGCAGGUCCUGGAGGGAAAGGCCCCAACUAUAGCCGAGUUCCUUAAUGGGGAGGAAGGAAAGGUGGACAUGCUGGUCGGACCCCGAAAGCGGCAGGCGGUCCGGGAGCCGGAAGGAUGGGGAAUUGACGAGGCAAGGGAAGAGCUAAGGAAAAAGCUGGCCGAAUCUGGUGGAGCUGAUGAAGCGGCUAAGGGGACCCGAUUCGUACGGAGGCCACGGGUAUCCGCCCUACCCAAUUCAUACAGCGUGGUGGACCAGCUGAAGCUCACCCCUGUGAGCGCCAGUGUAUGGAAUUACAUAAGCGACAGUGAUAAGGUGAGAAAGGAGCUUUUGGAGGCCCUGAAAAUGACUGAGGAUAAGGGGAAGGAGGAUGGGGCAGCUGCCAUGCAAGGGGUUUCGAAAGUGGUGGGAGCAGCUCCGCGGGAGACUAGGCACGAGGAUCCGAUCCCGAGCAACCUAGUUUUCCAAGUCCCACAAUGCGAUGUCCACCUAGGCAAGCAUCGUCUGACUGCCAUAGUCGAUUCCGGAGCAUCCCAGACGGCUCUCUCUCACGUCAUCUCCAGGAAGUUAGGGUUGCUGCCCUACCUCCAGGAUACCACAAUAGAGUAUACCACCUCUAGUGGCGAGACGUCGAAGCCGUGGGGAAUUAUGUCUGACGUACCGGUCCGGGUGGGGAAGCUGACCCUCCCAAUCGACAUAGCAGUAACGGGGGCAAAUACCUAUGACAUGCUGCUAGGACAGGACUGGAUUUACUCGGCUAAUGCGGAUAUCCUGACCAGCAAGGGGCAGAUAGUGUACCGGGUCAAUACCAAAGAGACAGACUCGGUUCCUAUCACCACUGGACCCGUCGGCACGGGUGGCCGUCCCUCCUAUGUGUCCCUCCCGCCCCAAACACCCUGCAGGAAUGAUCAAAAACCUUCUCAACAUUGGUCCGGAAUGAAGGAGGAGGAAUUCCAGCGGUGGUUGGAGGAGAAGCAGCUCCUCCUGGCCGAAGAGCAGGGGCGCAUCCGGCUGACGGAGGAGGAGGAGGCGGACUAUUGGGCGUGGGUCCAGGAGGAGGAGGAGUUGGAUCGGGCAGAGCUGGAGGUGCUGGAACUCAAGGAGCAUGAGUUCUACGAAGAGCCCGAGGUGGACGGGCUCGAUGGCAUACCCGAAGGAGGUAAGCCAGAAGGAGAAGUCGGGACGGAUGAUGAUAUGCCUAGCCUCUUUGGGUCGGAUGGUGAACACUAUUCUGACCUGGGAGGUUCGGAUGGGGAUGAGAUGGAUGGGGAACCAAAAUGGGACAUGGGGUAUGAGGAGGCAAGGAAAGCUGUGGAGGAAAAGGGGGAAAUCACGGACCAGUGGGAAGUGGAUUCGAUGGCGGACGGGGAAGAGCACCUGGUGGAGGUCAAGGAGGAAGGGGAGCUGGUAUACGAGGGGAAGGGGCACCGGAUCAGUCCGGACUACCUUGUUUUCCAACAGUUGGAGGAGCAUUUGGAGCACCUACAGGAUGUCUUCGAACGGGUGAAGGCCAACCACCUGCUCCUCAAGCCCAACAAGUGUGAGCUGGGGUUCUACUCCACGAUCUACUUGGGGCACAUCGUGACACGGGAUGGGGUGAAGCCGGAUGCCGGGAAGGUGGAGGCAAUCAGCGGCAUGGUGGCGCCGACGGAUGUAAAGGGGGUCCGGGAGUUCCUGGGGUGA